GCAGGCCGAGCCUGGCUCAGUCUGGCUCGUUCCUGGACCCUGCUGAGCAGCUCUGCGAGGCUUGGAGGUCGAGCAAGGUUUUUGGCUGUGCUGUGCUGGGUCGUGCCUGGGGCUGCUUGCAGCAUCUCAGUGCCCGGCCCCGCAGUAUCGCAUCCGUUUCCCUGGCCCUGCCUAGUGCAGGCAACCGGGGCCCUACGGAGAGCACCCGCAGCAGCGGAGAGUGCAACACCACCGCUGCAGCUCCGGUGAAGGAGAACAACUUGACAUCCUCAGUUCUCCCAGCCUGCUGCAGCGAGAAGACCAUGGCCGCAGAAGAGGCAUGGACGUGUUCUGUCUGCCGCGAUGCGCGGCAGGACCUUGCACAUGCCAUCCCGUGCAACCACACGUUCUGCCUCGGCUGCAUUCAUCGGUGGGCCAAGCUGAGCGACAGAUGCCCACUGUGCAGGACGGCCAUGAAGACCAUCCGGGUCUCUGUGCGGGGAGACAGUGAGUCCGUGGAGUGCAUCGUCUCCCCGCCCGCAGUGCCCGUGCCCGUCACCUUCGGCACCACCACCGGCCCCAGCGGCGCUGCGGCACCUGCUCCACCCUCUGCGCCACCGUCCCCUGAGCCCAUGGCUGCGGAGCCAGAGAGAGUGGGCGGCCUCCUGCCAGAGGUCUGGGCAGCACUUUUCCGGGAGAGACGAAACAUCCUCGACCCGGUGCUGCCCUGGCUGGAGCAGGAAUUACGCCGCAACCAGGAGCUGGGCUGGUGGAAGAUCAACUGGCUGAGGAGCAUGAUCCUGGCAUUCCUGUGCCAGGUGGGGCCGGACAGGGACAUCCUGGUGCAGUGCACACAGCACGCCCUGGGGCCCGUCACCGCACCGCUCAUCGACGCUCUCGUCGGAACCAUCGAGAGCCGGUGCGGCCAGGAGGCCCGGAGGCUGCUGGGCCUGGAAGACCCCAGCGCUGCCCAGGAGCAGGAGGACGGGCCUGCGGCCCCAUCCGGUCCCACUGCCACCCCGCACGGGACCAUCGCCCCCAGCGCCGCGCCCUCCUGCAGCUCCAUGUGUUCCGACACAGAGGAGCUCCCCGGCACUUCCACCGGGGCCCUCAGCGGGGGCCCUGGACAGCCGGGUCCCGAGGCAGCCGGUCCCUCUGGCCAGGGCCGCAGCCGCGGCCCCUCCACUCGCAGCCGGGGCACAAAGCGCUCGGCUGGGGGGCCCCGGCGCCCCACGAAGAGGAGGGCCGGCAGCGCCCAACGUGCUCCUCCGCCCUGCAAGAGGCGGCCCCCCCAGCGCCGCUAGCGGGGCUCCCACUUCUUGCCAAUAAAAGAUAAAAACGUACAUGCACGUGUUGUUCCUAGAGACGGCUCACCCUUCACACACACACCCUACACAUGCUGUGCCACAUGAGAACCAGUUCUCUCGGCACCUGGUGUGGACGUGCCACCAUUCAACCCUUCCCCUGGGCCAUGCGUGCAGUGUGAGCUGCAGAGCCACUGCGAGCGGGAUCCUCUGAGCGGUGGGUGAA